AUGGACGCCUUCGACCCCAUCGCUCAACAGCAACAGACAGAGGACUCGCCAGAGGGGUCCACCUCCUCACUCGGCACCGCCAUCGCCCAGGGAGAAUCCUCGUCGCCAGUCCACCAGAUAGCCGUGCCGGAUAAUCAAGAGCCGGCAGCGUCCAGUCCGUCUUCGGGCAAGGCAAGCAGGAAGAUCCACAGGGGCAAGACUGGCUGCUAUUCAUGUCGGCUGCGACGUAAACGAUGCGACGAGGCUAAACCCAUCUGCGCCACCUGCGAGAGACUAGGAAUAGAAUGUAUGGGCUACGGCACCAAGCGUCCGGGAUGGCUGAGGGAUAAGGAGAGUGCGCAAAAGGCGAAGGAGCAAAUAAAGCAGACGACAUUGAAGAGAAGCCAUGUACCCGAACGAAAAACCAGUGGAGAUUCCCCUGAAGACAGCAUCAGCACCACCAUCACCUCGGCGCAAAACAGCUCGGAUGUGCUCGAACUCGGCGGUAUGGGCCUAGACGCGGCAAUGGUCGAUGCUAGCUGGAAUCAGAGCAUGGAGGCGAUGGGUAGUGGGAUGAUGGGUGGGUGGGGGAUGCCUUCUCCUGCUUUUGGGACUAGAGGGAUACUUGAUGGGAUGGGGUAUGAAGCGUCAGGGAGUAUGGCGGGCAGAGGGUCGGGAGCUUCGACGCCCCAGGCAGGCCAUGUCCCUUCUUACCUCGUCCCUCGAAAUCGACAUCCUGCUCCAACACCAUUCGGCCCGGUGCCACCUUCCAGAGGUCAAUCGGUGUUUGGGCAAGAUCAGGAUGAUGAUGAGACCGAGGGCGAGCUGAAUGAUCUUUGGUCGUCGCUCUUUGGCUCGACUUUCCCAGCAUCAUGGGGUAAUGUCCCCGGGGCGACGAAUGCUCUUCUUUCACACCCUGCUUCUCCAUUCUACGCCAUGCCUUCCCCUUCUGCCGACCUCGCUCUCACCCCCCCCCUCCCGCCAUCAUCACAAAGCAACCCGAAAGAGAUCAAUUAUCUCAACCACUAUCUCAAUGUCGUGCUUCCUCUCCAGUACCGGAUCAUGGGUAUCUCUGUGGCUAUGGGCGACUUUGUAGCGCCCUUAGCUAUCUCGAGGCCGGAAGUGCUCGCGAGCGUAUCAUCUCUCGCCGCCCUACACCUCGUCUCCAAACGCACCAAGAACCGCAACCGCCUCUUCGCCUCUUCCUCCUCCUCCCCAUCCUCCUCCUCUCCUUCCAUCGUGACCACCGCCUCUGGCGCAUUCCGUGUCGGCUCAGCCUCCAUCACCGAACUAAACGACGAAGAAGCUCUCGUCGCUACCGCCUCCCAUCAGAGGUCGAUAGAGAGGUUGAGAUUUUUGAGCCCGGCGGAUUUGACGAGUGAGGAAGUUGUGGUGAGCGUGCUGUUUGCGAUGAGUUAUCAUUUGUUCUCGGGGGGGACGAGUAAGCAUUUGAGGGAGAUGGUGGAGAUUUCGCAGAGGUGUUUGAGUGCUGCGGUGGCUAGUAGUCCGGAGCUGGGUGAACAUCCCAGGUCGACAUCACUACAUGGAUCGCCAUGGUCGCGUUAUCGACAUCUGAUAGAACACAUGAUCUGGGCAGACGUAAUUGCCUCGGUAUCCUACAACAAAUCUUCAAGGCUACUAUCGACGUACAGGAGGAUCUUGCUGCAUAUGCCAGCGGAGAGCUUUGCGCCGGGCAGUCCGAUGAUUCUGAUGGAUCAGGUUAUGGGGUGUGAUAGUACUACUUUACUGGCAUACACCGAGAUCGUCGCCCUGUCGGAGUGGAAAGAUAGAGUCGAGAAACUCGGCUGUCUCUCGAUGAAAGAGCUCUUACGCCGGGCAGAGGGGAUAGAAAAGUUGAUGGACGAGAGAGCGUGGAGGGAGAGUCAUUUGGAUAGGCCGAGGGAGAAGGGGAAGGCGACGGCGAAGGCGGAUGAGAUGAGGAGGGUUAUGAGUGAUGUCUUUUUUGGGGCGGCGAAGGUUUUGUUGGCGAGUGUGAUCAAUGGUCCCUUCCCUCGAGUACCGGAUAUAGCUUGUGCCGUGCAAGACGUCAUGGAAGCUCUCAACAGACUCGACAUUACAUUCACAGGCAAAGACAUCUUUCGCGCUCUCGUACUACCCAUGACGAUUGCCGGGUGUCAUUGUGAGAGCGAGAGCCAGAAGGCGUUCUUUAGGGAGUGCUUUGAUAAGCUGGGAGAGGAGGCGAAGGCGUUUGGGAACACGGGACCGGCGAGGGAGUUGAUGGAGGAAGUUUGGAGGACGAGGAUGGUUGUGGGCGAGGGGGAUGGGAAGGGGGUGGGGAUGAGGGAGGUUAUGGGGCGUAUGGGGUGGGAGGCGGGGGUGUUGUUGAUCUGA